AUGGACAGGGCCCGGCAGCAGAGGGUGCUGGCCCCCCCCAUCUGCCUCACCCCGGCCUUCUCCUUCACAGCCCUAGGCAGCAGCCACUGGUGUGAGGGGACCCCUAGGGUGGCAAAGCCACUGUGCCAGGACCAUGCAGGAGGGCUGCACUGCAUUCAUUUCAGCAGGGGCAGUGGUGACAGUAGAAGGGACAGUGAGAGCCAGGCUGUUCGGUACAUCUGGGACACAGGGGACAGCAAGCUCAUCCAGCGCAGGUUCCACGUGGGCUGGCAGUCCUGCGAGGAGAGCCUCGGCAGCGCAGGCUGCAGGGAGUGUGCCUGUUGGAGUGAUGCUGUUGGGAGCACCUGCGAGCACCGUGAGGAUGGCUACAGAGGCAUCCGCCUUGAACCAGUGGAACCCAGACCUGUGAUAGCUCACCGUGGAGCCCAGCAGGAUGGCACUGGUCAACAUCAGAAGGAUAUCCAGGACCUCAGCCCCGAUGACAGCCACAGCACAGCUGCCAAGUGGCCCCUGGGCAUGGUGGCCCGCAUGAUGUAUGCAAAUUUCCAAAUCACUGUGGACCUUGGACUAGAGGACUGAAGGCCGCACACAUGGGACCAUGGUUGGUCAUACUGCCUCGCCUGGGGCUCCGUGGCCCUCUGCGAGGCCGUGACCGCCCUGGCCCGGAGAUACGCGGCAGCCCGCCGGCUCAUGGAGAAGCAGGGGGCACAGAAAGGCAGCCAGCGCUGUCAACACAAAUUCCUGGAACCCGAGGCUUCGGGAGAUGUUUGGGAAACAGAAGCUGCUCCCAGCCUCAUGGGGCACGUCCUCGUGAGUUCCCUGCCAUCUGCCCCCAGGGGCCCCAGUCCAGGUGUCCAUGUGCGAGCCAUGCUGUGGCUGCCGGAGCUGCACAGGACCAGCCGGGCCUCGUGUCCACAGUGA